AUGAGAGUUUUACCAAGUCUGAGUCUUCCAGUCCUAUUUGCUGCUGGCUCAGACGUCUUUUCCGCCUUCAACAGCUCUGAAGAACUUUGCCAGGACGAGACAGCAGCUGCUCAAUGCAAUGAUAAAUGUGCAGCUGACUUUGCAGAGUGCUACGGAAGCUGCGCCGACCAGAAUUGCCAGUACGAAUGCGUCGCUGAAUUCGGCCGCUGCGGCCCUGCCUGUCCCUGUGGCGAAAAUUGUCCGGGCGGCUGUGAAGGCUGCCCGAGCCCAUUUUGCCAGUGUACUGACAUUCUGAACAAUGGAGAGCACAAUUACUGUAUGCACCGAGCUACUGCAAAGCAGGACUAUUGCGUUACUCAUUGCGAGACGGAUACUUGCGUGCUUGAUUGUAGUCAAGAAUUUCUGAACGAAAUGAAGCAGUGUCCCUGCCGAAGCGAAUGCGUUGGCGGCUGUCCCUGUAAAGACUCAAGUUAUGAAUGCCGAGAGUAUGCGAUGAUUCUCGACAACGAACAUCGAAUUGAAGGAAAAAUGACUAGCGUAGAUGGCGAAGUUUUUGAAAGACGCAGAUACGGACCAAGAAAUCAAAUGGUACUUGAUAAAGCGUUCUAUUUUGAAUUCAAGGAACAAGUAUUUAUUGAGAUCGAUGUUUCAGACCUCGAACUUGGCUACGACUUCGAUCAAGUCAAUGGAACCGCAGUUUUGAUUGAGAACGAAAUUGGAUUCGAAGAUGACGUAAUUUACUUCUGCUUCGGCCACAAGGAUACAGCGUGCUUUGAGUUCGACGGGGAAAAUAGUGUCGAAAUCGUGCUAGAAACCUCGUUUUCUCAUCGACGUGGAGGCGUUGGAAUUUUUCAGACUGAGGUUUUCGCCGUUGGUGGUGUCAAUGCCGACGGUUCCUUGAACAACAAAGCUGAAAUCUUGGGUCGAAAUGGAUGGACUACCAUUGCCGAUUUUCCCGAAGUCACUGGAAUAUCGGACGUGGCCGUUGUUUCGGAUCUGAAGACGGAUAAAAGUUUCAUUCUUGGUGGUCAUAAUGGCGAUAAUGCCGUCCAAGACAUUCAUGUUUUUGGCCGGAAUGAUUCGACCUUUGAAUUCACUUGGAUUGGCCGUCUUAGUCGGAGAAUGAGUCAAGUUUCCUCACUCAUGUUUGAAAAUCACAUCUUGCUCGUCGGCGAAACAAUCGAACGAGUUGAAAUUGAAGAUGAUGCUUCAUAUGGAAAAGGCUACCACAUCCGCGAGUUAGAUCCGCCUCUUCAGUACCCAGUUCUUUUUGCUACAGAACCAGAUGUCUGUCUCAACAGCUGCAAAGAAUUCUGCUUCGCUGGAGACCUUUGGUGA